AUGCUGACCAAGCUCGUUUGCAGAAAAAUGUUUAUUGGUGGUUUGAACUGGGAGACAACUGAUCAAUCCCUGCGAGACUACUUCACUCAAUUUGGCGAAGUCGUCGAGUGCACUGUGAUGCGCGACAGCAGCACAGGUCGGUCCAGAGGUUUUGGUUUCUUGACAUUCAGAGACCCGAAGACCGUAAAUGUUGUUAUGGUUAAGGAACAUUUUCUGGACGGCAAAAUUAUCGACCCCAAACGCGCGAUCCCUCGCGAUGAGCAGGAAAAGACCAGCAAGAUCUUCGUUGGCGGCGUCAGCCAAGAUACCACGGACCAAGAGUUUAAAGACUACUUUGCGCAAUUUGGCCGCGUUGUUGAUGCCACCCUUAUGAUGGACAAGGACACUGGACGCCCUCGUGGUUUCGGUUUCGUUACCUUUGAAAGCGAGGCUGGCGUCGAUGCGUGCCUCAGCACAAGUCUCGAAAUCCACGGCAAGCCAAUUGAGGUCAAGAAGGCUCAGCCACGAGGCAAUCUUAGGGAGGAAGAAGAGGCAGCCCGUCGUGGAGGCAAGUUCCGUAAGGGCGAAGAUAGUGCUGCGGCGCAGAGCGGGAUGGGAGGUAAUCAAAUGGGAGCCACUGGCGGUAUGACUCCGCAGGUCAUGGCUCAGUAUUUUCAACGCAUGCAGCAAGCAUUCGCCAUGAUGCAGCAACAGAUGGCGAUGAGCCGUGGCAUGGGUCCGAUGAACCCGGCCAUGAUGCAGCAGAUGAUGCAAAUGCAACAGAUGCAGCAAAUGCAGAGCCAGAUGAUGGGCCGCGGCGGAGGCGGCAACGGUCAGAACAUGAUGGGCAACAUGUCACCUCAGAUGAUGCAGCAGAUGCAACAGCAGAUGCAGCAGAUGCAGCAGAUGGGAGGACAACAAGGGGGUCCACCUUCUGGCCCUAGUGGCAGCUUCAGCCCUCAGCAACAGAUGUUUGAUCCGUCUCAAGGAGGUCAGCCGCAACAGCAGCCAACCGGACCGCGACGGGGCGGCAGCAGUGGUAGCGGCGGCGCUGGACGCGAACAGUACAAUCAGGCUGCCUAUGGCGGCAUGGGUGGCGGAGGAGGCGGGCCGACGUCCUGGGAAGGCAUGUAUGACGACGUUCCGCAACCCAACAUGAACCCCGGUGGCGGCCGUGGUGGAGGUUUCAACCGCGGACAACGCGGCGCGCAUCAAGGAUCGCCGGACCCGGCGCACGCCCCUCCGGCCAACGCGCCUACGGGACCGAAAAACGCUGGCAAGCCGGGCGCCAACUACCGUGGCGGCGGACGCAGCGGCACCCGCGGCUUCCACCCUUACUCGCGCUAG